AUGGCUGAUGAAAAGAAGGGUCAAGUGGUGACGAAGGCGCCAGCGAAGAAGAGGAGGCGGUCCAGGAAAGAAAGUUACUCCAUUCACAUCUACAAAGUGAUGAAGCAGGUUCACCCCGACACCGGCAUCUCCUCCAAGGCCAUGAGCAUCAUGAACUCGUUCGUCAACGAUACUUUCGAGCGCAUCGCGGGGGAGGCUUCCCGCCUGGCCCAUUACAACAAGCGCAGCACCAUCAGCUCCCAGGAGAUCCAGACCGCCGUGCGGCUGCUGCUGCCCGGGGAGCUGGCCAAGCACGCCGUGUUGGAGGGCACAAAGGCGGUGACCAAGUACACCAGCUCCAAGUGA